GUGUCGAAGUAUCCAUAAAGUUUACUAUGGAUAGGAUAAUUAAGGGAAUAAUAAAAUAUAGAAAAUGCCAUAGAGAAGAAAUGGUGAAACAAUUUCAAAAAGUUCGAGAUCAUCCCGAGCCAAAAGCAGUAUUCUUUACCUGCAUGGACUCCCGGAUGAUCCCAACUAGAUUUACGGAAACAAACGUUGGGGACAUGUUUGUCGUGAGAAAUGCUGGCAAUAUGAUUCCUCAUUCUCAGCAUUUCGUUGACGAGUUGACGAUGUGUGAACCUGCGGCCUUAGAACUUGGUUGUGUAAUGAACGACAUAAGGCACAUUAUAGUUUGCGGUCAUAGCGAUUGCAAAGCUAUGAAUUUAUUGUACGCUCUACGCGACGAAGAAUUUGCAUCAAAAGUGAACAGGAGGAUAUCACCAUUAAGAGCAUGGUUGUGUGCGCAUGCUAGCAGCAGUUUAGCCAAGUUUCAACAGCUUGAAAUUACUGGCUUUCACGAGCCGAUACUUUUUCAAGCUGAAACGCCAUUGCGAAAGUUUGUGGCUUAUAUCGACCCCGAAAAUAAAUUUGCCAUAGAGGACAAAUUGUCUCAAGUAAAUACUCUACAACAACUACAAAACAUAGCUUCUUAUGGGUUUUUAAAAAAACGGCUCGAAAGGCACGACUUACACAUUCACGCUCUGUGGUUCGAUAUUUAUACCGGUGAUAUUUAUUAUUUUAGUCGGGCCAAUAAAAGAUUCAUAGAAAUAAACGAAUUGACCGAAGAAUUUUUGCUCGCAGAAGUUAGAAAAUAUUAUUCUUAA